UUCUUGACUUUUUCUGAUUCUUCCAGGAGGAUGUCGACUCUUUUCUGAAGCAGCCGGGCAACGAGACGGCCGACUCGGCUCUGAGGAAGCUGGACGAGCAGUACCAGAAAUAUAAAUACAUGGAGCUCAACCUGUCCCAGAAGAAACUCAGGUAAACGACCGUCAGCUGCGUGAAAUCAACCCUGUGAGGUACGCUGGAAUUUUCUGACACCCACUCGGACAUGUCCUAUGUCUUCAUCAACGACUCGUCGCAGACCACCGUGCCGCUGCUGCAGGCCUGCAUCGAUGGAGACCUGCCGUUCGCCAAGCGGCUGCUGGAGACGGGCUCCGCCACUGCCUGCGACCCCAACAUCCGGGACAACCGGGGCCGCACCGGCCUGCACCUGGCCGCCGCGCGCGGCAACGUGGACAUCUGCCGCCUGCUGCACAAGUUCGGGGCCGACCUGCUGGCGACGGACUACCAGGGGAACACGGCGCUGCACCUGUGCGGCCACGUGGACACGAUCCAGUUCCUGGUCUCCAACGGGCUGAAGAUCGAUAUCUGUAACCACAACGGCUCCACGCCGCUGGUGCUGGCCAAGAGACGCGGCGUCAACAAGGACGCCAUCCGCCUGCUGGAGGGCCUGGAGGAGCAGGAGGUGAAGGGCUUCAACCGCGGACCCCUCUCCUCCAAGCUGGAGACCAUGCAGAUGGCCGACAGCGAGAGCGCGAUGGAGAGCCACUCCUUGCUCAACCCCAACCUGCAGAGCAGCGAGGGCGUCCUCUCCAGCUUCCGCACCACCUGGCAGGAGUUCGUGGAGGACCUGGGCUUCUGGAGGGUGCUGCUGCUGCUGGUGGUCAUCGCCCUGCUCUCCCUGGGCAUCGCCUACUACGUCAGCGGGGUGCUGCCCUUCUCCACCAGCCAGCUGGAGCUGGUGCACUGAGGGGAGGAGGAGGAGGAGGAGAAGAAGAGAGGGGGAGGAGGAGGAGGAGAGA